AUGGAGGAGGACGUCCCUCAUCCUCCACAGAUGGAGCAAGCCGUUGAUGAUAUUCAUGAUACUUCUGCACAUGCUGAUGACGUUGAUGAGUCUGAUGAUGUUGAUGAGUCGGAUGAUGCUGAUCGUGGAUCAUUAAAGGUAAUUACUCACAGAUUGAAACUGAAGAAGUUUGCCGAAGUUCCUAUGCCAGCUCCUGUAGAGCAUUGGAUUCAGGAAUCUAGGCUGAUGCAUCUAUCUUCAGGCUACCUCACUAUGGCUGAUGCUGGUUUGAUAUUUGCAUUUGUUGAAAGAUGCUGUCUCAUUCAAACUAACCAGUUUGAGUGUGCGGCUAGAACGUAUCUGUUGCAUUUAGUUGACUGUACUAUUUUCGCCGAUAAAACACAUAUGUGUGUUGAUGCGAAAUACAUUACUCUUUUUAUUGAUUUACAUCGUUGUCGACACUACUCGUGGGCUUCCGCGACAUUGGUUUUCCUUUAUGACAACCUGGGAGAUGGAGCUGUCCACGACACUCGACAGUGUUGGAUUUACGAGCACUUCCCUAGGAUCUGUGGAUUGAUGUCAUAUCGUCGGAGACUUGAUGCAUUGUUGCUCGAGGAUGUAGUGUUUACACCAUAUGAUGAUGAUCGAGCUAAUCAUCCGUUUGUAUCGAUUUCGAUGUUUUCUGGAUAUCUUCGAUGUGGUGGAGUCUUAAUCCCAUAUUUUCCAGAACGAUGUCUUCGACAGUUUGGUCGUAUUCAAUGCAUUCCGUGUGACGUUCCUCCGAUGCCGGACAAUAUAGAUUGGGUCUGGCAGUGUACUAUGAGAUCAUCUGUAGAGACCUUUCAGAGACUAUAUCCUGUUGCGACUUUUCCUGGAGAGGUCAUUGCAGACUACUAUGCAUGGUACAUUAGUGUUUCACAUCCUCUGAUUCUCCCUCCAUCCACUGUUGCACCUUCAAGUCCACAUACUACUAUUGCUGCACAUAUUGGUCCAUCAUUUUCUGCACAUGUUGGUAGAUACCGUAAAGACCGUAGAGCAGCUGAGCUUGCACAUAGGGCCUUAGAUAUGGUAACACCAUUUAGUGAGAUUCAUGACAUAUUAAGUGAAUUAUGUCGCUUGUAUGACGAUUAA